CGGAAGAGGGCUCUUCCAGCGUUGCCGUGACGUCGGCUCGGACAUUCCUUCCCUUUCCGGUGGGCUGGGUCAGCGCUCCCGGUCUGCUCGGUGAUCCCGAAUCCCAGGGACAGGGAGGGGAAGGCGCAGGGCCAUGUUGUUCCCGGGAAGCCGCACAGAGCAGGCAGGCCGCCGGGGCAUGGACUGACUGCCGGCAGGAGAGAGCCGCGCCCUCCGCCCUGUGAGGAUUACAUCCCGGAUUAUUCUUCUUCUCGGCUCCGGACAUUUUCUCCUUGUUGUCGCUCGGAUUUGUCGCACAACAUGUCGGCCCGGGUGCGGCUGAAGAAGCUGGAGCAGCUGCUGCUGGACGGGCCGCAGAGGAACGAGGCGGCGCUGAGUGUGGAGACGCUGCUGGACGUGCUGCUCUGCCUGGUGACCGAGUGCGGCGGCUCCACACUGCGCCGGGACAAGUACGUCAGCGAGUUCCUGGAGUGGGCCAAACCUUUCACGCAGCUCCUGAAGGGGAUGCAGCUGCAUCGCGACGACUUCGAAAUCAUAAAGGUUAUUGGACGAGGAGCGUUUGGAGAGGUCGCUGUGGUGCGAAUGAAGAGCACGGAGCGCAUCUACGCCAUGAAGAUCCUGAACAAAUGGGAGAUGCUGAAAAGAGCAGAAACAGCCUGCUUCCGGGAGGAGAGGAACGUGCUGGUCUAUGGGGACUGUCAGUGGAUCACCACCUUACAUUACGCCUUCCAGGAUGAAAACUAUCUGUAUUUAGUCAUGGAUUACUAUGUAGGAGGAGACCUUCUAACACUGCUUAGUAAAUUUGAGGACCGCCUCCCCGAGGACAUGGCCAAGUUUUAUCUGGCUGAGAUGGUGCUCGCCCUACACUCGAUUCAUCAGCUGCAUUAUGUGCACAGGGAUAUCAAACCGGACAACGUCCUUCUGGACAUGAACGGCCAUAUUCGCCUGGCGGACUUUGGGUCUUGCUUAAAGAUGAAUGAUGACGGCACCGUGCAGUCUUCUGUAGCAGUGGGGACCCCGGACUACAUCUCCCCGGAAAUCUUACAAGCUAUGGAGGACGGGAUGGGGAAAUACGGUCCAGAGUGUGACUGGUGGUCUCUGGGGGUCUGCAUGUAUGAAAUGUUAUAUGGGGAAACCCCUUUCUACGCCGAGUCUCUGGUGGAGACCUAUGGAAAGAUCAUGAACCAUGAGGAGAGAUUCCAGUUCCCCUCUCACAUCGCCGACGUGUCGGAAACCGCCAAGGAUCUCAUCCAGAGGUUGAUCUGCAGCCGAGAGCGCAGGCUCGGCCAGAACGGGAUUGACGACUUCAAGACCCACACGUUUUUUGAAGGGAUCGACUGGGAAAACAUCCGCAACAUGGAGGCCCCGUACAUUCCCGACGUCAGCAGUCCUUCCGACACUUCCAACUUUGAUGUGGAUGAUGACAUCCUCCGCAAUCCUGAAAUGGUCCCCCCAAGUACACACAGUGGAUUUUCAGGGUUCCACCUACCGUUCGUGGGGUUCACAUACACGACUGACAGCUGCUUUUCUGACCGAGGCUCCUUGAAGGACAUUAUCCACACAAACGCAGUGACCAAAGACGAGGACGUGCAGCGCGGCCUGGAGAACAGCCUGCAGAUCGACGCCUACGAGCGCAGGAUCCGGAGACUGGAGCAGGAGAAGCUGGAGCUGAACAGGAAGCUACAGGAAUCCACUCAGGCGGUCCAGUCCCUCCAGGGCUCCAGUCGGUCCGUGGGAACAUUAACCCGGGACAAAGAAAUUCGGAAGCUGAAUGAGGAAAUCGAGCGCUUGAAGAAUAAAAUCUCAGAUUCAAACCGGAUAGAGCGACAACUGGAAGAUGCCGUCGCUCUGCGGCAGCAGCUGGAGGAGGCUGCAAACAAGAUUAAAAGCCUCGAGAAACAGCAGAGGACAGUGAAACAGGAGCGAGAUGAUCUGCAGAAGCAACACUCCGAAGCCCAGGAGAGGCUGAAGGCUCAGAGCAAGGAGCUGAAGGAUGCACACCAGCAGAGGAAAUUCGCCCUUCACGAAUUUUCUGAGCUCAAUGAUGAGUUGGCCAACCUCCGCUCCCAGAAACAGAAGCUUUCCCGACAGCUGCGGGACAAGGAGGAAGAACUGGAAUCCAUUAUGCAGAAACUGGACUCCAUGCGUCAGGAAUUGCGCAAGUCUGAGAAGACCAGAAAAGAGCUUGAGGUGCAACUUGAAGACGCCAGUGCCGAAGCCUCAAAGGAGCGCAAAUUGCGGGAACACAGCGACAACUUUUCCAAGCAGCUGGAAGGUGAACUGGAGACUCUGAAGUUGAAGCAGGGCGGCCGCACAUCAGGCGUCACAUUAGAGCACCAGCAGGAGCUGUCCAAAGUGAAAUCUGAGCUGGAGAAGAAGAUCUUGUACUACGAGGAAGAGCUGCUGCGGCGAGAGACCUCGCAUUCCUUAGAAUUGAAGAACAUUAAGAAGGGGAUCCAUGACUCGGAGAGCCAGCAGCUCGCCCUGCAAAAGGAGAUUCUCAUGCUGAAGGAUAAGCUGGAGAAAGCCAAACGGGAGAGGCAAACGGAGAUGGAAGAAGCCGUGGGAACUGUGAAAGAAAAGUAUGAAAGAGAGCGAACCAUUCUCCUGGAAGAGAACAAGAAGCUUUCUACAGAAACUGAGAGGCUCUGUUCCUUUGUGGAUAAACUAACGGCACAAAAUAGACAAAUGGAGGAUGAGCUGCAGGAUCUGACCACCAAGAAGGAAUCCGUCGCUCACUGGGAGGCUCAGAUUGCGGAGAUCAUCCAGUGGGUGAGCGACGAGAAGGACGCCCGAGGUUAUCUGCAGGCCUUGGCGUCUAAGAUGACGGAAGAACUUGAGACGCUGAGAAGCUCCAGCCUGGGAUCUAGAACGCUGGAUCCGCUCUGGAAGGUCCGGCGCAGCCAGAAGUUGGACAUGUCGGCGCGGCUGGAGCUGCAGUCUGCCCUGGACGCCGAGCUCCGCGCCAAACAGGUGGUGCAGGAGGAGCUGAGGAAGGCAAAGGAUGCCAACAUCUCAUUCGAGAAUAAACUAAAAGAAGCAGAGGCUAAAAACAAGGAGCUCCUGGAAGAAAUGCAAAGUUUGAAGAAGAAGCUGGAGGAGAAAAGGAGAGAUGAUGGAGGUCUUAAGCUCCCAGAUUACGAGUCCAUCUUUGAAUACUUCAACACCUCCCCCCUGCCGCAUGACCUAAGGUCCAGUCUGAUCAGCGAGCACGAGAUCUCUACCCCCAAACCAGACGUCUCCCCAUCACUGCUUGCACCUAGCAGCCAAGACCAGCAGCCAGAGGAGGUUAUAAGGACCCAACCUCGGACGCCUCCCGCGCCGUCCCCAACAUUUACUCCAUUGUCCAGCUCUGCCCCAAAGCCCAAGGCUCAUCAGCUUGCAAUCAAGUCCUUCACGAGCCCCACACAGUGUUCCCACUGCACGUCCCUCAUGGUGGGAUUAGUACGACAAGGCUUCGCCUGCGAAGUGUGUCCCUUUGCUUGUCACGUGUCCUGUAAGGACCUCUCUCCACAAGUGUGUCCGAUUCCAGCUGAACAGUCUAAAAGACCCCUCGGGGUGGACGUGCAGCGCGGUAUUGGGACUGCCUACAAGGGCUACGUCAGGAUCCCAAAGCCCGGGGUGAAGAAAGGUGGCAGAGGGGCGUACGCCGUGGUCUGUGACUGUAAGCUCUUUCUGUAUGACGUGCCUGAAGGGAAGUCUACUCAGCCUGGAGUGGUGGCGAGUCAAGUGGUGGAUCUUAGAGAUGAAGAGUUUUCCGUGAGUUCAGUCUUGGCAUCGGAUGUGAUUCACGCCACCCGCAAGGAUCCCUGCAUAUUUAGGGUAACAGCCUCCCUUCUAGGUGCCCCUUCCAGGACGACGACUUCUCUGCUCAUCCUCGCAGAAAGCGACACCGAGAAGAGGAAGUGGGUUGGCAUCCUGGAAGGCCUGCAGACCAUUUUACAGAAGAACAACCUAAGGAACAAGGUGGUCCACUGCCCCCAGGAGGCAUAUGACAGCACGCUGCCGCUCAUCAAAACCGUAGUGGCUGCAGCGAUUGUAGAUCGGGACCGGAUCGCUGUGGGGACAGAAGAAGGACUGUACGUCAUCGAGGUCACCAGAGACGUGAUCGUCCGAGCCGCAGACUGCAAGAAGGUUUCUCAGAUUGAAUUGGCUCCGAAGGAGAAGAUUGUCAUCCUCGUCUGUGGCCGAAACCAUCACGUCCACCUGGUACCCUGGUCCUCUCUGGAUGGCUCAGAGGGCAGCCUCGACAUCAAACUUCCCGAAAGCAAAGGCUGCCAGUGCAUCACCACAGGAACCCUGAGGAAGUCGCCGGCGUCUUGUUUGUUUUGUUGCCGUCAAGCGUCACGAUCUUUUGCUAUGAGCUGCAGAGAACUAAAACCAUUUCAUAAGAAGUUCACUGAGCUCUCGGCCCCGGGGAGCGUGCAGUGGAUGGCCGUAUUUAAGGACAAACUGUGCGUCGGUUAUCAGUCAGGAUUCUCCCUACUUAGCAUCCACGGAGAUGGACCAUUUAUAAACCUUGUCAGCCCUGUUGACCCCUCCCUGGCGUUCUUGUCCCAGCAGCCUGUAGACGCUCUGUGUGCAGUGGACCUUGGUAAUGAUGAAUACUUGCUCUGCUUCAGCCAGAUGGGAGUCUAUGUGGACUCACAGGGACGGAGAACGCGAUUGCAAGAGCUUAUGUGGCCGGCCACCCCCAUCACCUGCAGUUGUAGUCCUUCCUAUGUGACCGUCUACAGUGACUAUGGCAUUGAUGUAUUUGAUGUUCACUCUAUGGAAUGGGUGCAGACUAUUGGACUGAGGAGGAUCAAGCCAUUAAAUGUAGAAGGUACUCUCAACCUGUUGAACUCCGAGCCGCCUCGCCUUCUGUAUCUAAAGAGCACCCAUUCAGAAGGGGCUGUCCUCACCGUCCCGGAGACCUCCGAUAAUAGUAAGAAGCAGAUGGUUAGGACCAGGAGUAAGCGGAGAUUUGUGUUUAAAGUCCCAGAAGAAGAGCGAUUGCAACAACGAAGAGAAAUGCUCAGAGAUCCUGAACUGAGGUCGAAGAUGAUCUCAAACCCGAUCAAUUUCAACCACGUGGCGCAUAUGGGUCCAGGAGAUGGGAUGCAAGUGCUUAUGGAUCUCCCUCUGAGCGUUAUGCCGUCAGGGCAAGAGGAAAACCCUCGGGAAAAAUCCCGUCCACCCUCCACCAACCUGGCGCGGCAGCAGCUAAGAAGCAGGUCCUACAUCUCCUGGCCAUCUUCAGGUACCGGCGAUUCAUCGCGGAGUAUAUCGGAUGCUGAUCAGGACCUGGAAAGAGAGCCAGAUUCAGACUCCACCAAACAUUCCACUCCUUCAAACAGCUCCAACCCGAGCAGCCCUCCGAGCCCCAACUCCCCGCAUAGGAACCAACUGACGCUGGACGGCCUGGAUCAGUCCGCCUGUGACGCAUAGCGCUCCUCGCCGGAGAUGUCAUCGUUCCUAGUGUGUCAGUCCCACGCAAUAGUGCCAAGAUGUGUUGCACGGACCUCCCCAUCCCCCAACCCACUUACUGUAGAUACAGCGUAAAGAGGAAAAAAGAGCGGGGGGGUUUAAUAUAUGUGAUGGAGCUUUUAUAUGCAAGAUGAGUUGACCGUUUCUAAUAUCCGUUCCGCUCAUAGGAUGUUUUUACUUUGUACAUUUUUUAUUUUUUUUAAACGAUUAUAUCUCCCUUUUUGUACGAUGCUGCUAGUUUCUGGGACGCAACAGAGGAAAUUCCGAAAGCUGCUGCCACGAUAAGCAAAUGGCGUCAGCGACGGGAGGUCGGAGAAGGAAAUGUGUGCGAUUUAGGCUACAUGCACACAACCGUGCCGUUUUUUGCAGUCCGCAAAAAACGGAAGCACCCGUGUGCUUUCCACAAUUUACGGAACGGGUGGCCCAUUGUAGAAAUGCCUAUUCUUGGCCGC